GAAACAGAGGAUUGAACACAGCUUGAAGUGAAAGUUCGAACUACAACCACAACCAACAAUCAUGUCUGCUGCAGCAAAGGUCCUAAGUGCUAACCCAACUGAAUUAGAAUUACAAGUUGCUCAAGCUUUUAUCGAUUUAGAAGCCAACUCCGACUUAAAGGCUGAAUUGAGACCACUUCAGUUCAAGUCCGUUAAGGAGAUUGAGGUUUCGGGUAACAAGAAGGCUAUUGUCAUUCUUGUCCCAGUUCCAUUAUUAUCUGCAUACCACAAGGUCCAAAUCAGAUUAACCAGAGAAUUAGAAAAGAAGUUCCCAGAUCAACACGUUGUCUUCCUUGCUGAAAGAAGAAUCUUGCCAAAGCCAGCAAGAGGUUCUAGAUUAGGUCAAAAGAGACCAAAGUCCAGAACUUUGACUGCUGUCCACGAAAAGAUCUUGGAUGACUUGGUCUUCCCAACUGAAAUUGUUGGUAAGAGAGUCAGAUACAUGGUCGGUGGUAACAAGAUCGCAAAGGUUCUUUUAGACUCCAAGGAUUCCAACAACAUUGACUACAAGUUAGAAACUUUCCAAUCCAUCUACCAAAAGUUGACCGGUAAGCAAGUUGUUUUCGAAAUCCCAUCCAAGACUUUGUAAAUUACUUUAUAAAACCUUCAUCUAAUAAAAUAAAGAUAAAAUAAAAAGUAUAAUAUAUUGAAAAUGAAAACUUUGGAGCAAUGAAUAAGAACCCAGAACAACCACAAGGAACCGGCCUUGAGAAAGCAUCUUACCUUUUACGCUUAUCACUCGCCUAAGCAUGCAAAAGAGUUGAAUUUCCACUUAGCUAAAUUUGCUUACUGAGGCUAAUGUCGUUCUUUUUCCAUUCAUCCCUCAUUUAUCUUCUUCUUCACAUCACCUCUUCUCUAGUCUACACCAGUAAAUCUUGCUGCUCAUAUACGCUGUAGUUUAGCUACUUUGUUGCAGUUUUGUAAUAUAUUAAAAUUUUCGCUUUUCAGGUAAAU